ACACACAGAGCCGAUCGGCCCUAUACACUCACUAUGCAAGUUGUGAAGGGCCCCGCAAAUGAUGCCCCACAAAAUGAGAGUGAAAUGCGAGAAAAUCAAUCAGGUUAGUCCACGUUAUCUGCAUGCAAACUCUACAAGCCACACUGGGCCCUUCAGUGCUAUAGCAGCCCUGAUUGACAAUGCUUAUGACCCAGAUGUCAGUGCAAAGCAAAUCUGGAUAGAUAAAACAGUGUUCAAAGACCAGGAUUGCCUCAUCUUUAUGGAUAAUGGAAAAGGCAUGGAUUAUGACAAGAUGCACAAAAUGCUCAGUUUUGGCUUCAGUGAUAAGCAAGCGGUAAAAGGCCAUGUUCCAGUUGGUCUUUAUGGUAACGGGUUUAAGUCCGGCUCCAUGCGCUUGGGAAAGGAUGCCAUCGUGUUCUCAAAGAAAAAUAACACCAUGUGUGUGGGUCUUCUGUCACAGACUUACCUCGAGAGGACAGGAGCACAGAAUGUCAUAGUGCCUAUUGUCGCAUUCACAACCACUGGAGAGACUGUCGGUGGUCCACAGAAGUAUGAAGAGUGUCUCCAUGAUAUUCUCACCCAUUCUUUGUUUAGCACUAAGGAAGAACUGCUAACUGAGUUCAGAGCCAUUAACGGCCCACACGGCACCAACUCCACUGGAACUCGCAUCAUCAUCUGGAACCUUCGCAGAAUGUCCUCGGGUGAAUUGGAAUUUGACUUCUUGAAGGAUCGUUAUGAUAUUCGGCUCCCUGUUGAUGUUAAUGAAGUCAGCAAAGAGCCAAACAACGAGCCAGAGAGCCAAAUAUCACCACCAGAGAGUGAAUAUUCCCUGCGGGCAUACAGCAGUAUCUUGUACCUAAAACCUAAAAUGCAGAUUAUUAUACGUGGGCAGGAGGUAAAAACUCAGCUCAUCUCCAAAAGCCUAGCAUAUAGCAUUAAGGACACGUACAAACCCACAUUUCUCAAAAAGAGAAUUAAAAUCACCUUUGGCUACAACACAAAAAGUAAAGAACAUUAUGGACUGAUGAUGUACCACAAAAAACGCCUCAUCAAAGCCUAUGAACCUGCUGCCUGUCAGCGUAAGGCCAACAAAAUAGGAGUGCGAGUUAUUGGGGUAAUAAAGUGUGACUAUCUCACACCAAUGCACAACAAGCAGGACUUUGAGAAGACGGAAGAAUACAGGAAAACUAUGCAAAAUGUAAGUACGAAGCUUGAGGAAUAUUGGAAGGAAGUCCGCUACAGACAUCAGAAAUCCAAUUGCAGUGUACCUGUUGAAGAAGAUGUGGAGAAACCAGAUCAAAACUGGGUGCAGUGUGAUGGGUGUCUGAAUUGGCGAAAACUUCCUGAUGGCAUUGAUUUGUCGCAGCUCCCUACUCAGUGGUUCUGCUACAUGAACCCUGAUCCCCAGUUCAGGAUUUGUACAGUUGAAGAGGAGCCAGAGGAUUCGGAUGAUGAACUCAGAUACCAGAAAAUUUACAAACAGGAAAGUUGUACAGUUGAUGAGCUAGAGGAUUCGGAUGAUGAACAACCCAGAAACCAGAAAACUUACAAACAUGAUGAGAAAAAUCAGAAGUUGCAAAAGGAGAAGAACAGACAGCAGAGCCCUGUUCAAGGAACACCUGACUCCCUGCUCAACUCCAAUCCCCAGAGACAUGCAAGCUUCUGGUCUCAUCAAGUCCCCACUCCCUGGCCUUUUUCAUCAAGGAAGAAGAGAGCCAUGGGCCCAAGCCAGGAGAAUGAAGAAAUGAAGAGAGCCAGAAUAAGAGACUGUUUUGGCAGCAACACACAAAGCAGGCCAUCAACAUCCACAGCCUCACCUGAGUUCUGCUCCUCACCAAUCCUAGACAAUUGUGAUGGUAAUGGUGAUCAAGCAGCAUGGAAAGAUAACAAAACAUCUCUUAUCCUUAGAUACCCAGCUUUAAAGCUGGAAAAGGAGGAUACAGAAAUAAUGGAAAAAGAACAGUGGAGCAAAAAUGGAAAAAAUGAUAGCAAUCCUUCUGACCACACACAGGUGGAGAGUCUAGAAAAGGUGCAUUAUAAUUUGACAACUUCCUGUGAGAGCCUGAAGAAAGCUUUAGAGGACAUGAAGAGAGAAAUUGAAAAGGUCAAGGUAUUUGCAGAAGAUCGAGUGUUCAAGACAAAUUUUCCUAUAUGCUCCCAUGAAGAAUGUACAGCAACUGCAGCAGAAACCUCCAACUCAGGAAGAGGGACAGAUAACAGUACCCUACAGACAUACAAACUCAAAUUAAGAGAACUCAGACAAACAUUGGCCCGUCUCCUGGUCACUCUCGCCCCUGAUCUGGACCUUCAGCAUGUGAAUUACGAUUGCGAUGCCAUUGAUGAGAUUCUCGUUAAGGUUGUAAAUGAGAUGUCCCCUGCAGAGACAGCCUCUACAUAGAAAAGAUGGUGACCAGAUGAGCAAAAACUUUUAAGUCACAUUAAUCAUUUGGUUGUUUUAAUGCAUAAAUAACUACAUACACUGUUGUUUUUGACAAGACAUUAAGAUUUUUAUUGCAUGCCUUGUGAUUGAUUAAGUGGAAUGUGAGAAAUUGAUUUGCACCCAAGUUUGCCAUCAAUAACAUUUAAUUAUGUUAAUUAUAUUAAUAUAUAAUUAAUUCACGUGCCUAUACAAUCAAGCAAAUGAUCUUGUUAUACGUGUUUUCUUAAAGAUUAAAAAUUCUUAAUUCUUUUGUAAUGGCAAAAUUUUUCAGUGCUUCUUUUUUAUUAUUUUAUUUUCCUCCUGGUCUGUUUUUGUAAAUGUCUAAUCAUAAAUGAGGGAUUGGUACAAUGUUUUACUUCUUUUUCCCUUUUUGUGGUUUCCUUCACUAUGGUUACUGACUUCCUGUUUGUGCCAAUGCUUGUGCACCAUCAAGGAAGUGUUCAUUGUUAUGCACAUCAGUGUAAGAUAUAUCCUGUUAUCAUUCAAGACUUUAAAGUUUGGUGUAAAGUCUACAAACUUUCUAAAACUAGUCAUUUUCUUGCAAAAUAUUAUCAAUAAAUAUACCCACUCCUAUUGAGAUGCAUCAUUUCUUAAGACUAUAAAAAAUAUACCCAUUUAAAUUUUAAAAUUGUUUAAAUUCCUAUUACAAAAGAAAAUUUCAGCCACUAUGUGUAUUGUGAAGUAUGUUUUUGUAUUUUAAAACUACAUUUUGUAUUUAAAACAAUUAAAUCUCAUUUUUAACCUCAUUCUUAACUUCUAAAAUGUUGUUAUCUAUAUACUGAUAGAUAGAUGUUCUUUUGUUGUUAUUGCAUACUGUAGAAAUAAAAAUCUGUACACAAUGACAGAUUUUUCCUUGGCCACUACAGUCAGAAAUGAAACAAAAGGGCAUAAAUCUGAUUUUUUUUUUAUGGCUGCUACAUACUAUGCAGUAAACCAUAUAGACUGUAGCCUAUACAUAUAUAAAUUCAAAAUCUGAAAUGUAACCAAUCACUGAAUGUAUAUUUAGCCCCCACCCUUAAAACAUCAAGGGGGGAGGGAUGUGUGUGUUCUUGAAGUCAGUCAAAUCUGUGCUUUGUUCCAAUAAUGUAAUAAACCUGCAAAGAAUCACA